AUGGAUGCAAAAUCCUAUGGUUCUGGGCAAGCCAGUCCCAACAGAUUAACCAAACAUGGAGCUGAUGACAAAAAUGGCAGUCUAAAACCACCGGUAAUGAACUUCAUGAAGGCAAAACGCUUAUGGGCUGCCAUGAAAAUGAGCAAAAAGCAGUCUCAUGGACAAGAAAAUCAACAGCAGGAGCUACUUUCGAAGAAUACGCAAAAGUAUCAUCCAAUCCAGCCUAAUAGUAAGGUGGUAACUCUACGGGACAGGAUGUUAUCCUCACCAGGUUUCAACAGAAGCUGUAACAGCGGAGGUGAUUUACAUUAUAGCAGUCUAAAAGGAUCGUUGAUGAAAUUCAUGAAGCCAAUACGAUUAUGGGAUGCGAUGAAAAUACGAAAAAAGCAGUUUCAUGGACAAGAAAAUCAGCAGCAGCUUGUGAAGAAUACCUGUAAGGUAGUAACAUUGGAGGAUUGGAUUUUAUCUUCACCAAGUUUCAGUAAUAGUAGCAAUGGAGGUGAUUUACAUGUAUCUAAACAAUCUUCUAAUAGAAUCCAUCCAUCAUUUGAUGGAGAAUAUGAAGAUUUUGUGCCUAACUCUAGAACAAGUUUCCCUGUGGUGACUCCAAUGGAGAUCGAGAAAAGCGAAAAAGGGCAGUCCGAGAAUACCUCAUUACGCAGAAACGAAACCGGGAAGUUGAAGAAGAAAGUAAGCUUCAGAAAUCCAGAAGUAGCUGAUGUAUUCCUGCUGGAAUCACCACAGACAAACUUGGCAGAACGAACGGAAUAUUCCUCGUCUCCUGUAGGACUCCAACGAUCAAAUCAGUUUAGACAACAAGAAAAAUAG